AUCCAGUUUUAGAAGCGUUUCUUUUCUGCUCUUGGUGACAAUGUGGUUAUGUGGAAGAUGACUCUGAUCCUGGAAGAGCAAUGAUCUGCACAAAAUUAUGGACUUCUGCAGAGAUGCAGUAUCAGAGAGCUUUUUCUGUUGUUUACCUUCGGAGCAGACGGUUCUCAUUCUUCUGGUUCCCUGCAGAGCAGCCAGAGCCAGCUCAGAUGCUGGAGUAGUUUCUCUGGGGAGUCAUGUUAAUGCACAGCUUCUUUUUGUUCACUUUUGGACUAAUUUUAACUGGAAAGCCUUUUUGGAUGAAAGGUAUAUUCUCUGAACACACAUCCAGACUUUCAACAUUAGAAAUAAUCAUUCCUCGAAGUCUGACAGGCAGAGAGAAACAUCCCCCAUUUUCUCAUGAGGAGCAUUCAGAUGACAGUCUAUCUUACUCAGUUAAAACCAGAAAUGGAACAUACCUCCUAAAGCUGAAGAAAAAUAAAAAACUUCUUAGUGAUGACUUUAAGCUGUACACAUAUGGGGAAAAUGGGAAACUGCAGGCAACACCAUCCAAAAAUGAGACACACUGUUAUUAUCAUGGCACUGUUGAAGGAAUUGCUGACUCCACACUUGCUCUUAGCACAUGUGAUGGCCUUAGGGGAAUUCUCUACAUUGGAGGCAAAUGGUACGGAAUGGAGCCCCUCAACACACCCAGCACAUUUGAACAUGUGCUUUAUGAAUUGGAAGAUGAGCAGGGUAUCCCCUUCCACUGUGGGGUGCUGAAUGGCAGCCUGGAGCAUGAGAUGUUUGUGAAGCAGUCUGUGAAAUACACAUUUUCAUCAAACAGUACCUCCAGCAGGGACAGGCUCCUCAGGGAGAAGCGAGCUGUCCUGCCCCAGAAGAGCUAUGUGGAAUUGUUCGUGGUUGUGGAUCACAACAGGUUUUUGCUGAAGAAUUCUGAUCCUGCUGCAGUGCAAAAGGAAACAGUGGAGCUGAUUAAUUAUGUUGAUGGGAUGUAUAGAGCAUUAAACAUCCAGAUUGUUUUGGUUGGAUUAGAGGUUUGGACAGAUGCUAACCACAUAUCUGUAAUGGAUGGUUCAGCUGGAGAUGUGCUGAGUAGAUUUGUUUCUUGGAGACAGAAAGAUCUUCUGAAGCGCUCAAGAAAUGAUGUUGGUCACCUCAUAAUAGGGAGAAGCUCUUUCAGUGGAUCCAUUGGAAUGGCUUUUGUGGGUACUGUGUGCUCACAUGUCCAGGGAGGGUCAAUCAGCACUCUGAAUCAUAACAAAAUGUUACAUCAUGCCACAGUGGUUGCACAUGAGCUGGGGCACAAUCUGGGAAUGAAACAUGAUGACAAGAGGUGUCCUGCAUCCUAUAUCAUGCACAGCACAGAUAAUGGAUCCAGAAAUUUCAGCACCUGUAGCACUGAUGAUUUUGAAGCCUUUAUUCUAAACGGAGGAGGAAACUGCCUUAGAAAUCCUCCCAAAACAAGUAAUGUGUACAAAGAGCCUGUCUGUGGUAAUAAUGUGGUCGAUAAAAAUGAAGAAUGUGACUGUGGCAAACCACAGGAAUGCUCCAACCCCUGCUGUGAUGCUGCCACCUGCAAACUCACACCUGGCUCACAAUGUGCUCAAGGACUGUGCUGCAAAAACUGCAAGUUUCAAGUGGCAGGAGCAGAGUGCAGAGCAAAGCAGGAUGUCUGUGAUCUCCCUGAGUACUGCAAUGGAAGCACUGCCUACUGCCCAGAUGAUGUUUACAUCAUGAAUGGGCACCCAUGCAGCAGCAGCAAGGCUUAUUGCUACUAUGGAGUGUGCCAGAGCUUUGAUUCACAGUGUGAAUCUAUCUAUGGCAAAGGGGCACGAAAAGCACCUGAUAUAUGCUUUGAAAAAGCAAAUAUUAAAGGAGAUAGGUUUGGAAACUGUGGGAUGAAAGGUGGAGUGUACAAGAAAUGCCCUAUCCAGCACAGUCUGUGUGGGAAGCUGCAGUGCACGUCUGUCAGUCUUCAAAACCUCCCAGCCUGGAGCGUUGUCAAUAACGCAUCCGGGGUUUUAUGCUGGUCCUCUGACUUUGACCUAGGAUCAGAUAUCCCUGAUCCUGCCCAAGUUCAUGAUGGGACAGCCUGUGGAGAGAACAAGGCCUGUCUAGGUUUUGAAUGUCUUGAUGCAAGAUAUCUGGGCUACAGCUGUGAUGUAAAGCAGAAGUGUAAUAACAACGGGGUGUGUAACAACAACGGGAAUUGCCACUGCAACCGGGGAUGGGCCCCUCCAUCCUGCAACCACUCUGGCUACGGUGGCAGUGUUGACAGUGGUCCAGCUCACACAGAUACAUCACUUCGGGAUGGGCUGCUGAUUUUCUUCUUCCUGGUGCUGCCUGUAGCCAUCCUCACUGCAGUAGCAGUAUUAAAACGUGAUGCAAUAAGGAGAAGACUUUGCAGGAAAAGCAGAGGACAGCACAGGGAUAACAAUGGGCAGGAACCAAAGCAAGGCAACAGAGCAAGUCAUGAAACAGGAAAUAAUCAGCCUGCUGCAUCAAGUCACAAUAUUUUUACCAUAUUGCAUUUUCCUGGCACAAGGCAGCCAGUCCAAACCCAGCUUCCUGCAGCUUCCUCAGGACCUCAACGACCUCCAGUCCCACCCAGACCAGUUGUCUGAAAUGUUUCUUGGGAGCCCUCAACCAAUUCUGACAAGUGACUGGCCUGAAAAACAAAUUAAAGGACUUCAGUGCUCUCCUUGUGCAGCCAAAAUGCCUUUGGAAAGCACGUCCCUCCUGGAAAGCCUGGGUGCCAAGGGCCACUGAGCACAGAUUUGGUGACAGCCCAGUGUUUUGCUCCUUGCUGCUGGCUGUGUUUGUGCCUCCUCUACCUCACCUUUUAUGAAUCAGACCCUGAAGUUCACUGUGCACAGGACUGAAGCUGGGAGAGUGUCAGAGAACAGGACUGCUCCCUGCUGCUGCCUCCCUCUCAGGCCACAGAGAAGUGAAUUCAGCUGUUCACAGACAUAAUUCAAAGAUGGGAGAUCUGCACUUUUCCUCCUGGGCUCUCCUCUCCUCAGGACGCUGCCAGGGCCUGUGGAGCCAGGUCUGGGGACAGUCCCUGUGCCCUGCUCUGACACCUGCCUGCCAUCAGCCCUACCAAAGCUGGGCCCAGAGCCCACCUCUCACAACCCACCAGCCGUGUCAGCUUCCAUUUCAGGUAGUUUAUAAAAGUAACCUCGCCUGGGGACACCAGAAACUCUGUAGGUCAUGCCCUGAGCCUGAAAGAACACAUCCAUCUCUGUUACAGAAAAUAUGGGAUAUUGGGAAAUACCUCUACAGCUCCACAGUGGCUCAGUGUUUAAUGGGGGUUGCAGCUUGGCAUUUUUCCUAGAAACUGAUUCCACUACAAAAGCAACAGAUUUAACUUUUGUCAUUCUAAAUGGGACAGUUAGAAACCAGCACUGAUUUCAAAGAGGAUGUGUGGAGUGACAUCGUUUUCCAAAUAGGCCUCCAUCAGCUGUCUCUGUGUAGGAGAUGGAUGCAGGAAAUCCAGGGAAAAGUCUCCACCAGAAGGAGCAGCAGCUGCAGUGCAGAGAGCACCUCGCUGCCAAGAACAGAGCUGUGGGUGUGGAUCCACCUGUCCUUGGGGACUGCAGCACACCCUGCCUGUGCUCAUGCAAAUUUCAGAGUACAAGCUGGAAAAAGAGUGAAUAAAUUACAGGAUUGCCUCAGCGAGAGAAUAUUUCCAACACCUCAGAUGGCCACAUCACUGAAGAGGUGGAAAAAAAGAACCCAAAAGAGAUUGCUGGCAAAAAGUCUGUGUCUUCCAGGGAAGUGUCCUCUUCCUUAAUCCCUCAGAAUAUCAAACUGUUAUUAUUAAAUAUCCCUGUCAUUUAGACCUCAAAUGUAAUAUGAGAUUGAUUUUAUUUAUUACAAUUUAAAAUAAAUUCUCAGGGGCAGCACAUUUGGUUGUAUCUUUGUUUUGUGAUCACAAAAGGCACCGCUGGGCACGCGGGGAUGGCUCAGCCUUUGACACUCGGGGUGCACUGAAGAGAAUUCUCGCACUUAUUGUGACACCAGAGUGGGGUAAAAAAUGGGUAAAACCAGAACUGGGUAAAACUUGGGUAAAAAAUGGGUCAAACCAGAAGCAGGUAAAAAAUGGGUAAAACCAGAACUGGGUAAAACUUGGGUAAAAAAUGGGUCAAACCCGAACCGGGUAAAAAAUGGGUAAAACCAGAACUGGUUACAAAAUGGGUAAAACCAGAAUUGGGUAAAAGAUGGGCAAAACCAGAAUUGGGUAAAAGAUGGGUAAAACGAGACACGGGUAAAAAAUGGGUCAAACCAGACCCGGGUAAAAAAAUGGGUAAAACCACAAACGGAUAAGAAAUGGGUAAAACCAGAACCAGGUAAAAAAUUACUAAAACCAGAACUGGGUAAAAAAUGGGUGAAACCAGAACCAGGUAAAAAAUUACUAAAACCAGAACCGGGUAAAAAAUGGAUAAAA